AUGGCCACGCAUCACGUUCGUCACCCGUCCCAUCAAUCCAAAAAGUCGCAACCUGCGCACGCACGGCCUUCCAGGCCUCUGUCAAAGCGGACUCAUUCCCACGGAAGCAAAUCCGCUUCCAAAGUCGUUCAUUACAAGGAAGUCGAAUCCGACGAAGACGAGGACUCAAUGGCGGUUAGCUUUUUGAACUACUGCACUGUCUGCGAGAAGCAAAUUAUUGUUCCUAGUAACUCUGUGCUCUACUGCUCGGAAAGCUGCAAGAAGAAGGACACCGAGAAGAGCCUUACCUAUUCAUACGAUCAUUACUCACCGCCAACUACGCCGUUUGCCAACUUCACCUUCGACGACUUUGCCUUCCGCGACAUUGUACCUCAGCGCUCCCCCACUCAGCCUGAGUCAAAACGCUCGUCAUGUGCCUUCUCCGACAUCUCAUCAGACGACAACAGCGCCGACCGGUAUCAGCGCUUUGAUUCGGACGCGUCAAAAUACCUUCGCAAAUUCCAAUCACCUGCAUACUUCCCUGAUACCGUUCGACCCCGCUACAACCGUAACUCCACUUCGCAAAUCAGCUUUAGUGCCGCUCCUUCGCUCUCACAUACCCCGGCCUCGUCGGUGAGCUACUCGCUUCCAUACACACCCGCCACUACAAGGCCUCUCCCACCUAGGACAAAGCCGUCGCAUAGUGGAUCCUAUGGAGCCAAGUCGAUCGACCUGGUUACCCCAUUAACGGCUCCGUCGAGUCCAAAGUCAUACUCGCACAAGUCAGCGGCAUCCAUAUCAAAAACGUCUACUAGUACAAUCGAAGGCGAGAUUGUCUAUGCCAAGUCACCGGUCCCUGAGCCAUCGUUCGCCAGUGGAAGUCUUGGUCGAUUGCUUGCUUCAACACCUCGUUAA